AUGUCGAUGCAUCACACAGUUACGCUGCUCCCCCCAAUGUGGGGGCAUACCGUUGGGUACCUUCACCUCGUUGUUCAGCUCCUCAAUGCAGAACCAACGCUGGUUAUGACCAUCGUCCAACACAAACUCAUGGUCCCUAACAUGGAGAAGGAGCUGUCUGCUUGCAAGUACGAUACCAAGCGUCUACGACUUAUUGGUGUGGGCGACGAGCAUGUCAAAUUCGACCCCAAUUCGUUUGAGGUCCCCUUCACGCAAUUACUGAUGGGUUGGAUGGCGACGAUUCCCGUGCUUGUCGCGGGUAGUCUGGAAUGGCCGUCGCCCCAAACCAUACAUUUCGACUUCACGGUCGGCGGACCUGUUUUUGCGCCAACGAAAGCGAUAGUCGGCCCAGAUGUCAAGACCGUUUUGUGGUACUGCUCAAACGGAGCAGCCAUGUAUGUCAGCGUCAGCGAAUACGACUUUGCGGCAAUCUUUGAUAAGAUUUGGGUCGAUGAGAAAGCGCGCGCCGGCCGCAGCAAGGAAGAACUCCAGCUCGAUAUUUGCGAGGCCUGUAAUGGCUCUGAUAAACUGACUGGCGAAGUCGUGAAGAUUCUUGGGGUGCCAGACAUGUAUGACUACGAGCGUAUUUCGCUGGCUGCCGGGCCGCCAGUCUGGCAUUGGCCUAUCCUGACUUCAGGACAAACACUUGCCAAGGGCGUCGACGGCUUUAUCGCAGCAACAGGGGCCUAUAUAGAACCUGUCGGUGUGCCUUUCUUGCAAGACUAUUACCAGAAGCGCGGCCAAACAUUCUUCACUGUGGGACCGCAGACUCACGACAAAUAUUUCAAAGAAGACCCUCCCCACGAGCCAAUCACCAACGAGGUGGUUCGAACUUUCUUGGACUCUGCCUACGCCACACAUGGCGAGAACUCCGUCCUGUAUAUUUCCUUUGGGUCACUCUUCUUCCCUGUAGCCAACACAAAACACGUCGAAGCCCUCAUUGACAUACUACUUGUUACUGAACCCGCCUUCCCCUUCGUCUUCGCUCUCGGCAGUAAUCUAGGGCAGACUGGUCUCUCCCAAGAGUUCAUCGACCGCGUCAAUGCCAGCGGCAAGGGCCUCAUUGCGACCUACUGGGUUGAGCAGCGCGCUAUCCUACAACAUCAGGCCGUGGGCUGGUUCCUGACCCAUGGUGGCUUCAACUCGAUAACAGAGGCCUUAACUCUCGGUAUGCCAAUGAUCAUCUGGCCUGCGGGUGCCGAGCAGCCCGGAAACGCGGCAUAUUUCUCGUCUGAACCCCAUCCAGUCGCAUUUGAGUUCAUGCAGAUUCGCACUGCAGCUCAAAUCGGGCCCUCGCUGAGAUUUGGCGAUAAACUCAACAUUACAGGCACCAUCGAAGACGCAAUCCAGGAGUUUGAGAUGGUUCUGGGAGAGGCAAGAGGGGAGAAAGGAAUGAUGCUACGUGCGCAUGCCCAAGGUGCCGCUAAAUUGCUUAGGUAUGGUCGUGGUGCGGAGGCUGCGGCUGAGAUCAAACGAUUAGCUAUUUUUUGA